AUGGUUGAAGUGAGACAGUAUCACCUCUCUCCCACGGAUCUCAUCCCCAACUCGCCAAGACCACUACUCCACUACAAGAAUGUUCUAGCCAAGGCCAACAACGCACAUUGCGACCCAGUCGACGUGUGGGACAUGUUCACAAAGAACGAAUGGAACGUUCACUGGAUUUUCCGCUACAGUCCCACUCAAAUAUCUCACUACCACUCCCAGGCGCACGAAUGUAUGGCCGUGCUCUCAGGCACUGCCAGUAUCCGUUUCGGUGUCGCGGAUACCUCACCGGAUAUGGAUGAGAAUACACACGGUUCUGCCUGGGAGGAAGGUGGUGUUCUACUAGAGGCGGAAGCUGGCGACGUUUUUGUUAUACCAGCUGGCGUGGCACAUAAGACACACAAUACGAAGCCCGAAGCCGAGUUUGCACUGUUGUCGCCGGGAACAGGACACGGUAUCAAACGAGAGGAUAAGAAAGCCUUGUCUGAGAUUACUCUGGACGGGUUCACUAUGAUGGGGGCUUACAGCGGGGGUGACUGGGACUUUGUUGCAACCGGGGGUGAUUAUGAAAAGGUGUGGUCUGUGCCGAAGCCAAAGUACGAUCCAGUGUUUGGGCCUUCGGAACAGGGACUUUGCAAGACAUGGCGUGGAGGUGACACUGAGCCUAAGGCUCAUCUCUAG